AUGUCAUCGGCCAGUCACAAUGAAGAAGUCGACUGUGUAACAGCUGUUGAUUAUGUUAAUACUCAGUCACAGCUAGAGAAAGAAGCGAUUGAAAUGAUGCCAUACGAUCCGAAGGAAUGUACGUUCACUAAAGGGCCUACAAGACAACCAGUAUUUGCUUGCUUGACGUGUUCAAGGUUGAAUGAUGACAACCCAGUAGGCGUCUGUUACUCCUGCUCCAUUCAAUGUCAUUCGACGCAUGAUAUUGUUGAAUUGUUUGCCAAAAGAGACUUUGUGUGUGAUUGUGGAACAACUAGAAUGGCGAAGACAACUAAUGGAGCAUGUAAAUUAAGAAUAAGAGAACAGGAGUCCAAUAGCUCAAUAAGACCUAGAACUGGGUCAUUUGAUGCUCCAACCCAUUGGAAACAUGAGUUAGAGCAUGCGGCUGAAGACAUACCAUCUUCGUCUAAUAUUUAUACGCAGAAUUUUGAAGGCUUGUUUUGCUCCUGUCUGAAGCCAUAUAACCAUCUAGAAGAGACUGGUACCAUGAUCCAAUGCUUCUUUGGAUUUGAAUGUGGUGAAGAAUGGUAUCAUGAUAGGUGUAUUCUUGGAUACGGUCCUGAUAUAACUAAAGAGUCUUCUUCAAGUGGAAACUUACUAGAAAAGUUAUCACCACCAGGGGACGAUGCUGAAACUGACAAUCAGACUCAAGUAGGAUCUAAAACAACUGAUGAAUCAGUUUUCGGAUUUCCUGAUACAAAUGACUUUGAUCUGUUCGUUUGUUGGAAGUGCACAAAGGCUUUUCCAGAUAUUUUUAAAAUAUUGUGUGACGAUAAAGAUAUCACAUUAUGUAUUUUGCCCCAUUUUGACUAUGUGUCGUCAAUUGAUGACUGGAAGGCUAAAUAUAAAUUCUUCAUUAACGAAAUAGAGAGUACUGAUGAGCAUAAGUCCAAAAAAUUGAAGGUGGAUGACAAGAAAGUAACACCUUACUCAGUCUUUUUCAAACCAAAUUUUAAGAAUAAAUUACUAGAAUUAAGAUCCAGUUUAUCUAAGUCUUCAAAAUUGCAUGAAUUUCUUUUAAAUUAUGAGUUUUUGUACAAGGAGGAUCCUAUCUUCAUGGAACCCGAAGAAUUUGACGACGAAUCAUCAAAUACUUCCUUGUUACAGCUAGGAUCCAAUGCUUUGCUGAGCUUACCGAGAGAAAAAGCGAUAGAAGGUUUACAAGCCUACGAUAAAAUGAGAACCAAAUUGAGGGACUUUUUCAAACCUUUUGCGGAAGAAGGUAGGGUAGUAACUGAAGAAGAAGUAAGAAAUUUCUUUAGUGACGUGAAAGAGAAUGCAGACGAAUAA